AUGUGUAGGAGAAUCAACAAAAUUUGUGAAAGCCAGUGUAUGGGCCAGCUUCCAAAUGAGAGACUAAACCCAGCACCUCCAUUUUACUUUACUUCCCUUGAUUUGUUUGGUCCUUAUUUGGUCAAAGAUACAGUGAAGAAGAGGACAACACUAAAGGUUUAUGGAAUAAUAUUUGCAUGCAUGACUAGUAGGGCUGUCCAUAUUGAUAUUGCAGAAGGAUAUAGUACAGAUAACUUUUUGAAUGUCUUUAGAAGAUUCAUUAGUAUCAGAGGAUUUCCCAAAAUGGUAUAUUCUGAUCGAGGCUCCCAGUUGGUUAAGGCAAAUAAAGAAUUAACUCAGGCUGUAGGAAAUCUGAAUUUUGACAAGAUUAUGAAAUUUGGUAGGAAAGAAGGCAUGACUUGGAAAUUUACUAAAGGCGCAGAUGCUCCUUGGCAAAAUGGGCGUACUGAAUCAUUGAUACGAUUGGUGAAGAGAGGAAUCAGUAUUUCAAUUGGAAAUAAGGUUUUAUCAUAUGCUGACCUGCAGACUGUUAUGUUUGAAAUAGCUAACUUGAUUAACCAGAGACCUAUUGGUAUUAAACCAGGCUCUGAUUUAGAUUUGGGAUCUUAUUUAUGUCCCAAUGAUUUAUUGCUCGGUCGUGCUAGUCCUAUUGUACCCAGUGGUGUGUUUGAGGAUAAUUGUUUUGAUGGUAAAGUAAGGAAUGUUACUUUAAGAUAUAAACUUUCUAUACCAGGUACCAAGUAUAAUGGACAAAGAGAUAUUUUGAUAGACAGAUCUGUACAUAACAUUGUUGUAAUUCUUCCAAUUGAAGAACAGAUGUGUUUUGAUUUUUCUGAGGUUUCAUCCAUUUUUGGCAUUCUUGAAGUCCAGGAAGAUAUUCUUUAA